AACCUUGCAUGACAACUUCCGGUUCCUUCCGACAAAGAAGAAAAAUAAAUAACCGAAGGUUUUAUCAAAUGCCUUUUUAAUUGAUAUCGAUUCUACCUGCACUUCACCUGGCGUCUCUGCAUCUUGGGUCACACCAACAGCCGACUUGUGGUUCUCUGACUCAAUGCGUGGACGAUGUGACACGGUUGGGAGAUUGGCCGUGCCAGCAACCUGAGGGUUCCUGGUUCAAUCCCCACCUUCUACAAACCUAGUCACAUACGUUGUGUCCUUGAGCAAGACACUUCACCCUUGCUCCUAAUGGGUCGUGAACGUGAAAGCCUCACCUGCUCGGCCAGGAAAUAUGGGUCCACAGACAGCAGCGGCGAGCACGACAACCCCACCGCCAACCACUGCAACAACCAUAGCAACCAUGGGUUUCCCGCCGCAACAGCUGGGCACUGGGUCGGUGCCGACCUAGGGGAAGAGGCCAUCCGCAGAAAGUUGAAGUACUUCUUCAUGAGCCCCUGCGAUAAAUACCACGCCAAGGGCCGUAAGCCUUACAAGCUGAUCCUGCAGCUGCUCAAGAUCAUCAUCGUCACCGCUCAGUUGGUGCUGUUUGGCCUCAGUAACCAGGUGGUGGUGAUGUUCAAGGAGGAGAACACCAUGACUUUUAAGCACCUAUUCCUCAAAGACUUCGAUGAGUCCUCCGACAGCUCUUUUUCCGUGUACACACGACAAGAUGUCUAUGAUCACAUCUUCUAUGCCGUUGAGCAGUAUCUGGCGCUACCGGAGACCACGGUGGGCCGCUAUGCGUACGUCUACGGCAUGGGCGUGAACGGCAGCGCGUUGUCACUUUGCCAGCAGUACUACAAGAGGGGCCGUAUCGACCCGGCCAACGACACCUUCAACAUCGACCCGCACGUCAUCACAGCCUGUGUCGGAGUGAACCCUCAGACGGUGCCCCCCUCCUCGCUGGCCGACUCCUACAAGAACUUUACACUCAAGUUCCACAAGUUCAUCAAUGUGACCAUAGAGUUCCAGCUGAAGGCCAUCAAUCUGCAGACUAUCAUCAACAAUGAGAUCCCCGACUGCUACACAUUUAACAUAAAGAUCGUGCUGGACAACAAGGCUCACAGCGGCAAAGUGAAGAUACGACUAGAGAACGAGGUCUCCAUCAAGGAGUGCAAAGACCCCAGCGUCUCUGGACAGGCUGAGAAUUACACUCGCCUGGCGUUCGACGUGGCCGUGGCUCUGGUGUGCACGCUGUCCUUGCUGCUGUGCGGACGCUCCAUCCUGCGAGGCGUCAUGCUGCAGCAGGAGUUUGUGCAGUUCUUUAAGGACAAUCUGGAUCGCAAAGUGUGCUGGGCGGACCGCAUGGAGUUCAUCAACGGGUGGUACAUCCUUCUUAUCGUCAGCGACGUCCUCACCAUCAUCGGAAGUUUCAUCAAAAUUGGCAUCGAAUCGAAGAACAUGUCCACCUAUGAUCUAUGUGGCAUCCUUUUAGGGACUUCCACCCUCCUGGUCUGGGUGGGGGUCAUUCGCUACCUCACCUUCUUCCAGAAGUAUAACAUCCUGAUUGUGACUCUUCGAGCAGCCUUUCCUAAUGUCAUCCGCUUCUGCUGCUGCGUGGCCGUCAUCUACCUGGGCUACUGCUUCUGUGGUUGGAUCGUCCUGGGACCAUACCAUGUCAAGUUCCGCUCCCUGUCCAUGGUGUCGGAAUGCCUCUUCUCCCUCAUCAACGGUGACGACAUGUUUGUGACCUUCUCGGGAAUGCAGGAGAGCAGCCCGCUGGUGUGGCUGUUCAGCCAGGUGUACCUGUACACCUUCAUCUCCCUCUUCAUUUACAUGGUGCUGUCGCUCUUCAUCGCCCUCAUCACAGGAGCCUACGAGACCAUCAAGCACCAAACCCAGGAGCCCAUUCACAUCACAGACCUGCACGCCUUCAUAGCAGAGUGCACGGACGCACCGAGUUCUGGAAAGUUCCGGGGCCUGGAGACCUCACCGUGCUCCUUUUUCUGCUGCUGUGACAGAACAACAACAUACGAGGACGUCCUGCUGGUGAACUAAGGUUGAACUCCGUAAACCCAGAAUGCGUCUCAAGCGCCGCCCCCUGCUGGCCAAAGGGAUGCACUGCUCGCGGUCUCUGCCCCCCACCCUCCUUUCUCUUUGGAACAAGCUUUGUUAUUCAGCACUUGACUGAAAGAGGAGUCGUCCAUCAACCGCCGCAGCAUUCUGAUGAAGGAAUGUGAGUUUCUCAUUUUGUCCUGCAACCCGACGAACUCGCCAGGAAGAACUGAAGAAAGCAGUGAGUAGCUUUUAAGCGCACAUAUUUAUGCCACUGGACCCUUUUUGAUUCAGCUCAGUGUUUUUAUCAUCGCACAGGAUUUAUGUUUAUUUUAUUACAAAAAAAAAAUGACGCGAGAAAUACGGGGCCUGACCGUGGCCUCGGUACUUGUGAGGGCUUCUUACAUUUUCCGGCCACAAUCAGCGCCCAGACACAAGGUGAACAUCCAUGAUGGUGCGGACUCUUUUGCAUUUGUUUCGGAUUUCAAGUCAAGUCUACAGUGUGCAAGAAUACUACUUUUGCAGUGUAGAACAUGUCUCCUGCAGUGUAGAAAAUAUCUCUCCAGUUUUGCUGCAAAGUACAGUGAUGCUCAGGUGUUACUAAUAGAAGGACUUGUGGUCAUCUCGGGGCAAUCUGGACUGUUUGGUCAGAUUGAAUGCCCUGAGAUGACAAAGACCUGGGUGAAUGAAAACCUUCAUAGACACUAGUGGUCACUAUUGGUCAUUGCUAUCACCUGGACUGUUUAGUCACUUUAAUUUAGUUCGGGUUUUUUUUAGGUUAUAGCUUUAAAAAAAUAAUUAGCAGAGUAAACAUCUUUAGGUUCACCACAAAUAGGUCAACUAACAAAAUGUGAACAUGCUCUGUUAUGUUUUUAGUAUUCCUUUCUUUUUGUGCUCAUUUUAGGUUUUAUAUAAUUUUAGUUUUUACAUUGCAUGAAACGCACAAUCGUAUUUUCUUCUCGUUUUCGAAGAAAAUAAUUAUCUUUUUUUAUUAGUAUUUUACAAGACAGGAAUGACUUUUUAAUGGCUGUAGAAGGCAAAACUGGUGUGAAAUUUACCCUUAAUAUGAUAUAGGAGUGUUUGUGAAAAUAAAAUUAUUGUAUGUGCACAGUGCCCUACACAAAGUGUAAACAUGUGUUUACAAAUAUCCUGCACUUGUUCAGUACUUGACAAAAUGUAAAAAAAAAAAAGUGUAAGACAUUUUAAAUAUUUGCACACAAUCGGCUCUAUUUAAAUGUCCUGCCUGCUUUGAAAGCACAUUACGCAAAGUUCAUGUUCCAUAGGAAUAUGAACAAGAAUAUGUGGUAAUAAACAGCACAUUAGAUUAUUUUUUAUAGCAACAAGGGUUCUAACUUGUUUCUAUAGAAAAAAAAUGGUUUGGAAAGAAAAUAACUUGCAGGUUCAAUUUAAAAACGAAAACAGUUUUUUGCAAAUUCAGUUUAUUUUCAGUAUUUACUUACUUUUGGCUUUUUUUCUUUUCUUUUUUCCCUGAAAUUUACCCAUGUGCCUGCAUGUAUACACUGCAGCGUCACAGUUCAUCGUGUAAAAUAUGUUACAUAGUGUUUGUUGUCCACUGUAAUGUCUUUAUUACUCAUCCAUUUUCUAUAGCGCUUACCUAGGGUCUCAAGUAAGCUGGAGCCUAUCCCAGCUGAGUUAGGUCGAGAGACAGUGCCUUUAUUAUAAUCGAUCCCAAAUAUUACUUUUUCAACCAGGGAAACCAACAGAAAGAAAAAAACACAUAAGGAUAUUUUUUUUUUUAAUACAUUGACUAAUAGUACUUUAAUCCAUCAUUUGAAUCACAAAAACACAAAUGGUGAUUGGACUGAUGAAUAAAUUCCUAAAACAGUGAAUCAAAAUUGCAUUAAUUACUUUGGUUGAGGCAAAUUUUAUCGCAGGAUGUUUUCUAAAUGAACUAAAAUGUUUGCUCAUUUCCAGCAAAAUGCUUUCAAAUCCUGGUAAUUCUGAUCCAUUACUAAUGAAAAUGUUGCAACCCUUAUAGAAAGCUCCAUUCGCUACCUUUUACAACGAUGUAAAAUGUUAUUUUAUGUAUUAUAUGUAUGUAUAAAUGUAUAUACGUAUGUAUGUAUGUAUAUGUAUAAAUGUGUAUAUAUGUAUGUUGAGAUGACAAAGACAAUAUAUAUGUAUGCAUAUAGACAUACAUAUAUGUGUAUGUAUGUAUGUAUACAUAUAUAUAUAUAUAUAUAUACAUUAAUAUGUCUAUGUGUAGAUGUAUGUAUGCAUAUGCAUAUGUACAGUAUGUAUAUGUAUGUAAAUAUGCAUUUAUACAUACAUACAUAUAUAUGCAUAUAUACAUACAUAUAUAUACAUAUGCAUACAUGCAUAUAUGUAUACACAUACACACACGCAGACAUAUAUACUGUAUAUAUGUAUGUAUAUAUGCAUAUAUGUAUACAUAUAUACAUAUGUAUGCAUGUAUAUGUUUUUAUUUAUUAUAUAAUAUAUUAUUACUGUAUACUUUAAAAAGCAUAUAUAUAGUAUGUAUGUAUAUAUGUUUUUUAUUUAUAAUAUAUCAUACACUGGGUGUGAGUUUUCCUUGCCCUUAUGUGGGCCUACCGAGGAUGUCGUAGUGGUUUGUGUUAUGGUUUGUACAGCCCUUUGAGACACUAGUGAUUUAGGGCUAUAUAAGUAAACAUUGAUUGAUUGAUACUGUAUACAUUAAAAAGCAUAUAUAUAUAUAUAUAUAUAUAUAUUUAUAUAUAUAUAUAUAUAUGUUAUAUAUAUAUAUAUGUUAUAUGUAUAUAAUAUAUAUAUAUAUACAUAUAUAUUUGCUUUAUACAUGUAUGUUGUUGUUUGUACACAAAACUGCAAUACUUUGUUUUCUCGUUGUUAGUGCCAACAUUUCUGCUUUUUUUCAUUGCAUUUAUUAAUUGUGUUUUCAUUGUGCCUUUUUUGACAAAUUUGGAAUUUCUACACUAUGCUAGGGCCAAUUAAAAAAAAAAAAAAAAAAGAGUCCCUCAAGUCGGACUUUGUGGAUGCUUUGGUUAUUUACUGUCAAUAAUGUGACUGCAGUACUUCCAAUGUUUCGCCUGAGGGCGUAAGGGAGGCAUGUAUCUGGCAGUGUGUCUUUCAUGAACAUACCAUAUGUCAGGGGUGUCCAAACUUUUUCCACCGAGGGCCGCACACUGAAAAAUCAAAACAAGCGGGGGCCAUUUUGAUAUGUUUUUUUAUUUUUUUAAACAAUACAAUAUAUGUGUAAAAUUAUACAUUUAGGCCUCCACUCAGGCUUGAUCCCAGGGACCCCAAAGGAUUUUGGUAAAAAAAAUAUUUAAAAUGUGUCUUUAUUUUGUAUUAUUGUUAGUCAAGGUUUAAAUCUCUAGAUCAACAUUAGGUCUAUCUGUCAAUAUAACGUAUUUAAAGAUUUGA